UGAAUACUCUUAUUGAGGAGUGGAGUAGUAGUACGUUGAGAUGUGACAAAGUGCACAGAGUAUGAAUUCGCCAUGUCAAGUCGCUGUUGUUCUUUUAUUGUUUUUUUCAUCUCACUAUAUCUUUUUUAACGUUAAAUCACAUCACUUCAGUUUCCAACACCCUCUCUCUAUCUCUCUCUGACUUUUCCAUUUCCUUUGCAUUCUUCCUUCUUACUCUUCCACCACACACUAACACACAACUUAAAUUUUUAUUUAUUCUGUAAAACCCAUGUGCCUUUGUUUUUGUUUACUUUCGAGAACUUGUGAAGAACAACACUAGCUCCUCCUCCUACUACCUAGGGAGUAUAGUAUAGACUAGAGAGAGUGUCACAAAAACAAACUAGAAACAACUUGCUUAAGUUAAAGCCUUUUUCUUUUGGUUGCAAACAGAUCAAAAAAGAGAGAAAAAAGAGGACUCUUGUUUCAUUCCAAACAGCACUUUGAAGAAAUGACUAAAGAAGAAGACUUUAAGCUCCUUAAAAUCCAGACUUGUGUUCUCAAAGUGAAUAUUCACUGUGAUGGUUGUAAGCAGAAAGUGAAGAAACUCCUUCAAAGAAUUGAAGGUGUUUAUCAAGUUGAAAUAAAUGGAGACCAGCAAACGGUAACAGUUUCAGGAAGUGUGGAUGCUGAAACAUUGAUCAAGAAGCUGUUAAGAUCUGGCAAAUAUGCUGAGCUUUGGUCUCAGAAAACUAACAAUAAUCAGAAUCAAAAGCAGAAGAACAACAAUGUUGUCAAAGAUGACAAGAACAAAGGAAAGAAACAAGUGCUGGUUAAAGGGCUUGAAGCCUUCAAAAACCAGCAGAAAUUUCCUGCUUUUAUUUCUGAAGAGGGCGAUGAAUACUACGAAUACGGUGAUGAUGAAGAGGAAGAAGAUGAAGAGAUGCGGAUCAUCAGGGAGAAAGCGAAUCAAAUUCAUAUGAUCAGACAACAACAACAUGCAGCUGAUGCAAGCAAUGUGAAGAAAGGUAUUGGAGCUAAGAUGAACAAUGCUAGCAAUGGCAAUGGCAAUGGUAAUGGAUGCAAGAAAGGAGGCUCGAAUCAGAAUAUGGGAAUGAAGGAAAGUGCUAACGGGGUUGAUCACAAAACAAUGGCAGCUAUGAAGAUGAAUAAUGCUCAUUUGGUUGGUAAUGGUGAAACUCUUCAACUUGGAGAAUCCAAAAGGGGUAGUGACAUUGGUGCUAUGAUGAACUUAGCCGGUUUUAACGGUAAUAAUAAUAAUAACGGUGUUGGUAGCGCUACUACGAUUCUAAGUGGGAACUCUACGGCUAUUCCAAAUGGUGGUUUUGUUACUGGACAAUUUCCACCAACAAUGCUGAUGAACAUGAAUGGUUUCAAUAACCAUUCAUCUCCUUUGAUGAACAUGAACAUGCAGCAGGCAAGGCAUGGUAUGAUGAUGCAACAGCAACAGCCUCAAAUGAUGUAUCACAGGUCACCUUAUGUUCCUCCAAAUACUGGCUACUACUACAAUUAUAACAACUACAUUCCUGCAAAUUACUCGUAUGGAAAUGCUAGUGAGGAUCAAAACUCUGCAGCACACAUGUUCAGUGAUGACAAUACUACCAGCAGCUGUUCAAUAAUGUAAUAGUAUCAUGAUAGUGAUUGUGGAGUCAAAAAAGUGAAGGAAAAGUGAUUCUUAAAGGAUUGUGUUUGACCUUAAAGUCCCAUUCUCCAAGUUAGUAUAGUAGUUUGACUCAUAAUUUGGUGGGACAGUUAUGUUUUUAGGAUGUGGAUUUGUUUGUUUGUGAAUGAUUUCAUCAUUGUACUGUGUCGUAGUAGUGGAUUUCAUGUUAAAUUGUCACUGGUUGUGUUUCA